AUGGUGCUCACGACGCUUCUCCUCCUAGGGCUCUUGGUCGGCCUCGCUGGCUCCAGCCCUCCGCCGGCGACUGUGGUCUGUGCUCACGGCACGUUCGACUGCACCGUCUCCAAUGCGUACGGCUCCUUCCCGGACCGCACAGUCUGCCGCGCGGCCAACGCCACCUUCCCGCGCACCGAGAAGGAGCUGGUCGCGGCCGUGGCAGCCGCCGCGGCGGCCAAGCGCAAGGUCAAGGUGGCCACCAAGCACUACCACAGCUUCCCCAAGCUGGCCUGCCCCGGCGGCAGCGAUGGCACCAUCAUAAGCACGGAGCGGCUCAACCGGGUGGUGAGCAUCGACGUCGCCAAGGGGUUGAUGACGGUGGAAAGCGGCAUGGUGCUCCGGGACCUGAUCAAGAAGGCCGCCGCCAAAGGGUUCGCGCUGCCGCACUCGACGUACUGGUCAGGGCUCACCAUCGGAGGCCUGCUGGCCACGGGCGCGCACGGCAGCUCGCUGUGGGGAAAGGGUGGCGCCGUGCACGAGUAUGUCGUCGGGAUGAGGAUUGUCACGCCGGCGCCAGCCAGCCAAGGGUUCGCGGUGGUACGGGAGCUCAGCGCCGACGAUCCUGACCUCGACGCGGCCAAGGUCUCCCUCGGCGUCCUUGGUGUCGUUUCCCAGGUUACGCUGGCCUUGCAGCCCAUGUUCAAGCGGUCAGUGACGUUUGUGACUUGCAACGACUCGGACUUGGCGGAGCAGGCCGCCAAGUGGGGUAAGCUCCACGAAUUCGCCGACAUGGCGUGGCUGCCCGAGCAGCGCAAGGUGAUUUACCGCAAGGACGACCGCGUGGCCAUCACGUCGGCGGGCGAUGGCCUCAAUGACUACCUACCCUUCCGUCCCAACCCAACGGCCGCGCUCAUCACUGCCAGAGUCACGGAGGAGCUUCUUGAGAAGAAUAUCAACGCUGUCGCCCGGUGCAAGGCGGCAAACGCGACGGUAUCUUUGUUUGAGAGGGCAGCGUACGGCUUCACCAACAAUGGUAGCGUCUUCACAGGGUACCCUGUGGUGGGGUUUCAGCACCGCAUGCAAGCGUCUGGCUCAUGUGUCGACAGCCCGGGAAACACCUCAUGCUCGUGGGACCCGCGCACCCGGGGAAUCUUGUUGGGCAACAAUGGCUAUAGCAUCACGCUCUCUAGGGCGUCGGCAUUCAUCGCCGACAUGCAGCAGCUUCGUGACCGCAAACCACUAGCCUUCUGUGGAAUCGACGCCAAACUAGGUAUACUCCUCCGCUACGUCAAGGCAUCCUCUGCCUACCUCGGCAAGGAGGAGGACUCGAUCGACUUCGAUAUAACCUACUACCGGAGUUUCACCAAGGGUGAGCCGAACCCGCACUCUGAUGUGCUCGAUGAGCUUCAACAGAUGGCGCUACGCAAGUACGGUGCCAUGCCUCACUGGGGCAAGAACCGCAACUUUGCCUUUGAAGGAGCCAUUGACAAGUACCCCAAGGCCAGCAAAUUUUUUGAGGUAAAGGGCAGGUACGACUCUGAUGGGAUCUUCUCGAGCGAAUGGAGUGACCAGGUGCUGGGUAUCAAUGGGAGCCCGGUCAUCGUUGAGAAGCGUUGCGCCAUCGAGGGGCUUUGCGUCUGCUCAGACGACUCGCACUGUGCACCAGAGGAGGGCUACUACUGCCAGCCGGGGAAGGUGUACACAGAGGCGAGGGUCUGCUCAUUCGAGUCCGCCAUCUGAUGUGUUUAGAAGGAUACUUUUGUGAACAUGAUGUGUUUCCCUUUCCUGGUUCAUUGUGGCCUGUGGUGAUAAAAAUAAACCGUGUCCAAUCAAUGUGAAGUUGUUUCUUCACCGGGAUGGUUGUUGGUUGGUUUCAGGGGAUGUAGUGUUUUCCAUUUUGGUUUAUGUUGUGUUGUCCUUGG